GUUCUUGUUGAACAGGUGACAGGAUAAGAUGGGAAGAAUGAGAAUUGAUACAAAACAUGCUAUGGUCGUUGUGACGAGUAACAAUGAAGAGCAGGAUUAUAUCCUGAUAGAGGAGCGUAAAUGCAUCUCCUUGCCCAACUCUCCUGCCAAGCGAGUGUCUCCCGCAAAAAGGAGGCAGAUUUUUAUCAUCCAAGCCACCCGCAACUCUGACCUCAUUCCUCGUGGCAAAAGCAAGAGGUUCCUUCGCCGAGAGGAAAACGCACGUUUUCUUGCUCAUCUUCUUGAGAGAGAUGAGUGCUGCAAAGAUGACCUGGAGGUUUGCAGUAAUCCAGCCAUACCAUCAAUUUUCACUGAAGCCUGCACCAAUGAGAUCUACACUGAGCCUUGGAAUGACUUUAUGAACUGCUCUGGUGAAGAACAAGAGAGACUCUUGUCUCUCCUAGAACAGGAUGCAAGGAAGAAAAACACUAGCCGUUUUUUCAAGGACCAGAGGAAUGUAAACCCUGCCUUCACUGCUCAGGACUGCUUCCAGAGAAUCGAUCGCAGGCUGCGAGCUGCUUUAAGACGCAAACGAGUCCCCAUGGGAACUCUGGAAACAUACGAGGAAAGUCUCCUCAGCUUCUUCGAGGCUCAGCCUCACUCAGUUUACACCACCAACCUCACUAGCAGCUUUGAGAGGCUGCUACUUCACGCUGUCUGUCAGUACAUGGGCCUCGUCUCUGCAAGCACCGACUACAAUGGAACACGUCAGACUGAAGUGGUGAACAAACAGGAAAAGUUUUUUCCUCCUUCACCUCUGUUGUCUGCCUACCUGGAGCAGAUGAGCUGAGACCAGGACCAGGUUUCCUCUGUGUGGUGUUGACUAAGAAAAGUUUGUGAACGUAACAUCAGUGUCAAAGGUCUACAAACAGUAAAGUUCACCAGUGACCAUCUCAACAAUUCACUAAAACAUUUAAAUUGUACGUUUUGCAAUACAAGCAUGUUAGAAUAGUAUUCAUGUUAAUAUAUGGCUUAAGGUGCCUCUUGUCCAUCUACAAUAUCAGGGACAAUUUUGCAGUUGUUACAGUUUCACUAUAUGGUCAGUGUGUGUUAAACUUAUGUGAUAACAAAAAAAUAAUCAAAGCAGUGAUCUUAAUUUGUGUUUUGUUAUGAACCGUAAACAGCCGAGUGUGAAUGUGUUUGUCAACGUGUAAUCUGAUUAAGACACAUUUAAGACUAUAAAACCUGGACUAAAUGAAAAAAACUGCCGAGAAGCCAUCAACUAAGGCAGUUUGUUGCCAUACCCAUGUUGGCCUCUAGAGGCAGCUAGAAAUCAUUACUCAGAGACAUCCCCCGAAAAAAACUUUUCAGGCGUUACUAGAGUUUGUAUUGGUUAUCAUCGUUAUUUUUUUUUCAUUUGGAAUAAAUGAAUGAACUGUAAUCUCCUGGUGAAUAAUGUGAAUCAGUCUUCUGCCUUUAAAAAAAGAAACAGUAUGAGAGACUCAGGGUUUGUGUAAAACCAUCAGCACUAAAUACCAUGAAGGGGUCUGGUCAAUUACAAAUUAUUUUGUAUCUGCUCAUACUACCAGUGCUAAUUUAAGACACCCAAGGCUACAGAACUAAAGCACACAGGCUUCUGGGCCAUACAUAAAAAGGCAGUUCUGCUAAUAGUGCUAAUAUUGUGUGUAAAAUCAAUUUUUAUACAGUUUCCUAGUCAAAUUGUAUUGAAAACUAUUAAGAAUCCAACUUCCUGUUUCUGUUGACUGUCAUUGUUGCAGGUGCUCCAACAAAGCAACUAAUGCAUAUUUUUCCAUUGAACAACUUUUUUGCUCUCUUCAGGUUGUAACAAACCUGUUGGCCCAUGAAAAGCAAAGUGCAGGGACAGGUCAGUUUAACAUUACUGUCUAAAGAAUUAGUCUGCUGUGUCAAAAGUGAAAUAUUAAGCAUGGAUAUUUAUGAUGUCUCCAUAUUUCUGGCCACUCAUGAGCAUAAGGGAAACUAGAAUUAUUUCUUGUAUAGAGUGUGAAAGGGUUAUAAUGCCUGCUGAUUGAGAUAAUAGUUUUUAUAUUUAUUAUGGUACUGUUUCGUCUUAGUCUAAUGCAAAUUACAUAUGUUUCUCCAAUAAAUAAUCUUUUUUUUUUAAACUCAAGGUAGAAAUAAUCUAAAACCAUCCUCUAUUACAACUAUGGGGUAAUUUUAAAAUAAACUUUGACCAUUUUAACAGACUUUAGGUUUACU